AAAGUGCACCUGGGCCCAGACAUAUGACACAAGCCCACGAUCCACUUACUUACCUUGGCCUGUGACCCGCUGCUUCACCCAUUCCCGUGAACCUGCGACCCGAACCACCUGACCCGCCUGUUUUGACCCGCGUCCCUUUUAUUAAACUAGAUCUCAACCGUCAAAUCUAGGGUUGAGAUCGUGGCCGUCCAUCCCUUUUUAACCUAUAAUAGAGAUGACAAAGACCGCCGUCCCUCACUUCACUUUCAUAAUCUUCUCUUUAUAACUUUCCCUCUCUAGCCUCUCAUCUCGUCUAUCUCUUGCACCACUUUCUGGAGACGAUUUGUCGGCGGCUCUUCGAUAGUUGUCUUCCUCUUUAUCUGUGGAGCUUCUUGGCAUAUUUUUUACCCGUGUUGUUGAUUUGAGCCGCAAGGGGCUCUCUCAACGUGAAAGUGUUGUGGCUGUAAAAAUCAUUGCGAUAAAGCAGGAAAACUUGCUGGCAACCGCUUCUCAUUCCUCUAUAAUGAGCUCCACAAUCACCAUACACCGAAACAAGGAUCUGCUCUUCGGUUUCCUUGAAAAAUGGUGCGAGACUACCAACUCCUUCAUUUUUCCCUGGGGAGAAGCUACUCUGACGCUCAAGGACAUGGCGGUGCUCGGCGGAUACUCUGUGUUGGGGGAGAGGGCGCUGCGCACUUCCGAAAGGGGCGAAUUAGGGGAAAUCGAGAAGAAACUGCACAAAGCACGGUCGGUGAUUUCUAGAUGCAAGUCGAAGAAGCCUAUGUGUGGGGCCAUGGAUGGAGAAAUUCAUGGGGAGCCGGAGCGAAAUCGAGCACAAAGCGUUUCUCGUUAUUGGCUUUCGAGAUUCGUCUUCCCCAUUGCUUCUGGCAUCGUUAAUGGAGAUGUGCUCUCCAUCGCCGCCCGCUUGGGUCGAGGGGCUAAAUAGCUCGUCGGACUCGGCUCCGACCCAACGGUCUGUCUGUAUCUCUAUUUCUUAUCCUUAAGCAGAAGUGAACGCUAAUGUUUUCUGAAGCUAUUCGAUCCCUUUAUCCUUUGGUCGCUGAAUAUUUUCUGUGAUUGACAGGCAUAGUUUUUUUAUGAAGAUGGAGGACGAGAGUAGCCAAGACGG